AUGGGCGGGGCCGCCUCCAUUGUCUUCCCCUGCGUCGCCGCGCUGAAGGCGAACGCCGGCUCCCCCACGGAGCAGGGCAAGAUCCAGGGCGCCGUUAGCUGCCUGCAGAGUUGCUGCCGGGGCGUCGGGCCGCUGGUGUACGGCCCGCUCCUCGCCUGGCUCGUCGGCCCGCACGCGCCUGGGGGGCGGCCGCGGCCGCAGCUGCUGUGGGGCCUCUCGGUGCUCCUGCUGCUGCCCGCGCUCGCCGCUGCGGUGGCGCUUCAGGGGCUCGUGGACGACGACGCGGGGCACCACGCCCAGCCGGUGAUCCGACGCACGGUGUCGCUGUUUCGGCGCGGCCUGUCGAGCAGGAGCCUCGGCUCGGGCGGCGCCUCGCCGAGCCGCGCCCGCGCGGCCGAGCGCUGCGCGGAGGGCGCGGGCGACCCCGAGGCGCCCGCUGCCCCGCCGAAGCCCCCGCUACCCGGCGUGCGGCCCCGCCCCGCCGGCGGCUCCCCUGCGGCGGCGUGA